AAAAGCGGGCGAUUGUUUAAAUUGAACAGGUGUGGCGUCGUUUUCGUUUGGUUUAAGAUCUUCCUAAUAGACUCUGUUUUGGAAAAUGUUUACGCCCAGGCAGAAGGGAUACGGAAAUGGUUUUAUUCAUUCCCCCCAAACACCGCUUAGUUUUAGUAGGGAGCUGCGUCAAGUGCUGCAGGAGAGAAAUCUCCUAACAGCCAAGUCCCGCAGGAAAGUAUGCUCGAUGCUGGACAGCAAUAACAGCAGUCCGAUUGGAUCACCAAAUCCAGAAUCGGGAAAACGAUUGGGAUUCCGGCGGCAGGCUAUCCAAGAGAUCAUCUCGUCGGAGAAGUCCUAUCUGGAGCAGCUGGAGCUACUUAUGAAUUACUUUGUGCGGCCUUUAAAAGAGCAGGCCAUAAUCGAUUGCUCCAAUCACACUCUGCUCUUCGGUCAGAUCGAGAUGAUUCACAAUCUGAACGGAGAAUUCCUGCGAGAACUGGAGGCGAAUAUGGAGAAUGUGGCCCAGGCGUUCCUGAAAAUGGCUCCCUUCUUCAAGCUGUACUCGGUGUACGCAUUCGAUUAUCGCGGUGCUUUGUUUAUCAUUCAGGAUUUGAUCAGUAAGAAUCCGGUGUUCAGAAAGUUUUUGGAGCAGACCGAAAGUCGACCGGAGGUGCAGCGGAAGUUGAACUCACUAAUGAUUGUGCCCAUACAGCGGGUUCCCAGGUAUAAGCUACUUCUAGAGCAAGUUUUGCUAUACACAAGUCCUGCAGAUGCGGACUACAAAACCUUAAAGGAAUCCGUCAAGGAAAUCGAGGCGACCGCCAGUCACAUAAACACCUGUGUGGAGGAGCAAGAAAUCACCCAGUAUCUUAUUCACUUGCAAAACUCCCUUGUAAACCGGACGCCCAACAUUGUGAAGCCCUCGCGGCGAGUCAUUAAGGAGGGUAUUUUGCAAAAGAUCACCCACAAGGGCACUGAGAUCAAACGAUAUUGUGUGCUCAUGUCGGAUAUAUUCAUGUACUGCAAGAUGAUUAAGGAACGAGCACCUAAUACCGUCGUGGAAAACUCCCUGGAGUGUUGCUGUAUUUUUCCCUUGAAGAAAUGCAAAGUGUAUGAAAUGCUACCGGGGAAUUUUAAACUUACGUGCCAAAGUGACGGCAUUAUCUUUGGCAGCGGUGACGUACAGCUGUCGCGCACUUGGGUGGGCUUCAUUCGCGAUGCUAUAGAUCUGCACGUUCAGUGCCGAAAAACCCUACGUAAGGACUCGAGUAAAAGGACGCCCAUACGUAAAAAGGACAUGAAAAAGUUCGGAGCUGAUUAUGUACUGAGUCCCAACAAACGCAAAUGUGAAUAUGAAACUGUAUUCCGGAACAAAAAUCGCAGCACAGAUUCUGAUGAGGAAACAGAGGAAAGUGCUUGCUUUCCCCGCAAGCGUAAAGUGCCCAAUGGCGUUCUAAGAACUCCGACUUCAAACAUAACCGGAACGACCACUUCUUCUAUAUCCGUGAAACGUGUUGCACCACCUCCUCCUCCUCCACCCCCUACAGUCCAGAUGCGCCAUCAGCCGGGGGGAGCUGGAGAGUCGGUCUGCAAAGAGAAUCGCAUCUCUAAACUGUACAAAAAGAUUGCUACCGGGGACAAAGUGGCCAAUGUUCGCGGAAUCCUGAAGCGAAGCAAUGCGCCGGUGCCCAUCAAUGAUUACGAUCCAAGUUACGGUUUUGCCAGCCGCUACUCGGACUCAAAAUCCUAUUUCAGGGCCCACAACGUGGACAACACCAUACCAACAUUUGUAAAACGUGAGGAUUUGUUUAACGGAGAAAAUAUGUUCCCUGCACAUUUAAGGAAUCAGGAGGAGAUCUGCUCGCCGCCACAAAAGAAGCGGGUCAAGUUUGACGACACCUUGGAUGCAGUGUCUCCGGUACUGGACCAGAAACCAUUUGCAUUCUCAAACGAUGGGGCUCUCACACAAAAACCCAUUUCAUUGCGUGAGCGAAUUUAUGAUUUCUUUGCCAAUCUAUUCUAGAACUAGAUGACUUCAAACUAAAUCGUAUACAUUAUCCAUUAUUCAUUUAAAACAUUUAUACACGUCAAUAAAAUCAUUUACAGAGCUUA